CUGAACGAAUAAAGAAAGAUUUUUGUAACUAAUUUCGCAUAUUAAAAUUGAUUGUUUUUGAAAAUAAAAUAUUUGAAAAUAUUGCAGUUUUAAAUAUUAUAAUUUCGAAAUGAUUCGAAUGUAUUCCUACUGUUACGUGCAUGAGCACCAUAUACGAACUUUGAAAUUGGCAGGACAUGUUGGUUUUGAUAGCUUACCUGAUCAACUUGUCAAUAAAAGUGUUCAAAAUGGAUUUGUUUUCAAUAUUAUGUGUAUUGGUGAGACUGGUUUAGGAAAGUCAACCCUAAUGGAUACACUUUUUAAUACUAGUUUUGAAUCUACACCCAGUCCACAUACAUUGCCAAAUGUUAAACUCAAAGCCCAUACGUAUGAGCUUCAGGAAAGUUCAGUUCGUUUGAAAUUAACAAUUUGCGAUACUGUUGGAUACGGGGAUCAAAUAAAUAAAGAUGAUUCAUUUAAGGCAGUUGUUGAUUAUAUUGAUGCACAAUUUGAAGCAUAUUUACAAGAAGAAUUAAAAAUAAAACGUUCUUUAUCAGCCUGUCAUGACAGUCGUAUACACAUAUGUUUAUACUUCAUUUGCCCCACAGGACACGGUCUUAAAUCAUUAGAUUUGGUUUGCAUGAAAAAACUGGAUACAAAAGUGAAUAUAAUACCAAUUAUUGCCAAAGCCGAUACAAUAUCUAAAAUCGAGCUACAACGCUUUAAGGCAAAAAUCAAUCAAGAAUUACAAUCAAAUGGCGUACAUAUUUAUCAGUUUCCAACUGAUGAUGAAACAGUGUCUGAAACGAAUUCCAUAAUGAAUGGUCAUGUACCCUUCGCUGUUGUCGGUAGCACAGAUUUUGUACGCUUGGGUAAUAAAAUGGUGCGAGCCAGGCAGUAUCCUUGGGGCACAGUGCAAGUUGAAAACGAAGGACAUUGUGAUUUUGUUAAACUAAGAGAAAUGUUAAUUAGAACGAAUAUGGAAGAUAUGAGAGAAAAAACCCAUACAAAACAUUACGAGUUGUACAGACAAAAACGAUUAGAACAAAUGGGAUUUACCGAUGUUGAUAGUGAAAAUAAGCCAGUAUCAUUCCAACAAACAUUUGAAGCCAAACGAUCCAACCACUUAGCAGAAUUGCAAGCUAAGGAAGAAGAAGUAAGGCAGAUGUUUGUGCAACGGGUCAAAGAGAAAGAAGCCGAAUUAAAGGAUAGCGAAAAAGAGCUUCAUUCUAAAUUCGAUAAAUUGAAGAAAGAUCAUGCUGAAGAGAAACGUAAAUUGGAAGAUGCACGUAAGAAGCUUGAAGAAGAAUUUGUCGAAUUUAAUAGGCGUAAAGCACAAAUGGCAACCCAUCAUACUUUGACUUUAGGAAAAAAUAAGAAAAAAUGAGGUUUAUCUUUAGAAUUAAUAUCGAAAAACUAAGGUGUAAUAAUAUGCAAAUAUUGCAUAAAUAUUUAUUUAAAUAACAUUCACUUUUAAUAUUUUUGGUGAAUAAUUUUGUCUUGUUUUUUUAAUUUUUUAGUUUUUAAACUAAUUUUUAAAAACCAAAUAAAGUAACAAUUAUAUGAAAAAAGUAUUAAUAAUUUACUAAGGAAAUUUUCAUUAAAGAAAAUCAUUAAAUACUAACAUUUGUAUAAAUUUUAUCUAUAUUUCAUAUUAUAUUAAACCUAAUAAAAAGAAUAUAAUAAAUUAAUCAUUUUACGCACAAUUUAAAUAAAUUUUAAAUUAAAAACGACUAAUUACAGCUUAAAUUUUUAAAGUGGUUUUUAUAAUUUAUAUUUACAAUAAUUAUUUUUGAAAUUGAAAGUAACGGAGUUCUAAAAUCAUACCAGAUUAUAAAAGAAUUAUUGGGCUUCAUUAUGAAAAAAAUUAUCGUACAGUACACGAUAUUUCCUAAAACUUUUGCAGUGCUAGAGUUACAGCUUUCCGAAUAAUCGUCAAAAAGUUUUAAAUUAUUGAUUGACCUUCAUAUUGAAAAAAACACAAUUAUUCUAUUAAAAAAAUUGUGUUGUUAAUAUUUAAAAAAAAAAUUACUUUUUAUAUAUAAAUACAUAUAUGUAUUAUAGUUUUUACAUACAUAUAUAUACUGUAAUACAAAUACCAAAAAUUUUUAAUACCAUUUAAAUUUUUAAAUUAAAUAAUAAUUAAAUAAAAAUACAUACGAAUAAAAAAAUUUGUCGGUUUUACCGGCUAUUGCUUCAAAAUAACGUCAUAAAACGACAAUAAUGCGCUAUGAUUAUCCUAUAUCGUGUAUUGGAUUUUUUCAUAAAGGCAUUCGGAGUAGAACAUUCGUUCAGUUCAAUUUAAUAAGCUUAAAAAAACAAUUAACGGUUACUUUUCAUUUGCUUCCUUAAUGUUUUUAUGAAAAUAUAAAAGUAUUUAUGUAAUAAAGUUUUUUUUGUUUGAAUAUUUCUUGUUUGAAUUUACAAUUAAACAAAAGAAUUAAAUGAAGCAUGGCUCAAGCUUCUAAAUAAUAAUUUUUUAAACAUUUUAAUUGAAACUUUCCAAACCAUUAUUUCUUUAUUUAGUUUAAUAUACUCAUGGAAGCAGCGAUAAGUAUAAUUAAAUUCUUAUUAAAACCAAGAAAGGAAGUAAAUUCCCAAAAAAAAGUUUGAUUUUUUGUUAUAUGCAUACAUACAUAUAUAUAGUCAUAGUAUUAUUUAAAAAAAAAACAUGCGUUUUAUACAUACUAUAUUUCAUUAU